UCUACGAAGCCCCCCGACCUCCCCGCCCCCUCUCACCUCCUCCGUUGUCUCUGCAGACGCUGCCCCGUCGGACGUGCGGCUCGAGGCCUCUCUGUGAGCCACCGGGGGCCAGCCCCCUCCAGGGCGGAGGUCGGAGGUCGCUGCCCAGCAUGGCGCCCGCCUGGGGCCCCGGCGUGGUGUCUGUGGUUGGGCCCCUGGGCCUCCUGGCGGUCCUGCUGGUCGGAGGCUGCACGGCGGAAGAACCCCCUAGGUUCGUCAAGGAGCCCAAGGACCAGAUUGGCGUGUCAGGGGGCGUGGCCUCUUUCGUGUGCCAGGCCACGGGCGACCCCAAGCCACGGGUGACCUGGAACAAGAAAGGCAAGAAGGGCAACUCCCAGCGCUUCGAGACGAUCGAGUUCGAUGAGAGUGCGGGCGCCGUGCUGAGGAUCCAGCCGCUGCGGACACCCCGUGAUGAGAACGUGUAUGAGUGCGUGGCCCAGAACCCCGUGGGGGAGAUCACGGUCCACGCCAAGCUCACUGUCCUCCGAG